AUGACUGAUGAAGAGACUCGAAAAAUAUUAAAAGAUUUGAAGCUGGAAAAUCUCAUUGAAAAUUUUGAAACUCCACAGGACAUAGAUCAAAAAGUCCAAGACAGUAUAAAAUGGUUAGAUGAGAACGUUGCUCCAUGGGAACUAGUUCUCCAACAUUGGCUUGCUACUUUUGAUAUCGGACGGAAAGAUAUUAACAAUUUUGAAGAAAAAACUUUGCAUAAUCUACUAAAUAGAUGGUCUGUUUUGAAACAUCCACAGAGAUAUCAAUUAAUUGUUCAAGAUUUUGAUACAAUGAAUUUAAGUAAAGUAAAAUUGGAUUUAAAUAUAUGGCAACAAUUUGUGGACGUUAUAAUAAAACAUUCAACAUGUAACAUUAAAAAUGACGAAGUAAAUUUAAUGUUACAAAAGUUAAAAAAUAAGGAUAUUUCAGACGAUACAAAAGUGGCUAUAGGUCUUAUGUUACUUCCACAUUUAAUUCCGCCAAAAGGCCUGAAGAAAUAUAAAGGCAAAUGUUAUAAACCUCAAUAG